AUGAAGUUCCUCUAUAUCAUUUCCACCCUCGCCGCCGCUAGCAGCAUCAAUGCAAUCCCAACUACUAGAAUCACUGUGUUCAUGGACGACCAACAGAUUGAAACCAAUUCGAUGGUCUGCAAGGAUAUUGGAAAGUCUUGCAACCCCUGGAAUGAGUUCUGCUGCCCCGGCUCGUUCUGCCUUUAUUGGGGCAUCGUUGCCGGGAAUUGCGUCAAGAAUCCGUGA